UUAAAACGCUAGCAGCCCACUUUCACUUCCACGCGAGCACCAUGUGUGCGGAACGGCCGCUCCUUACUCCUCGUGCCCGUUCUGGACCUUCACGUGUGGUUCCCAGCUCGCCUUUGGGCUCAUUCCGUUCGGUUCUGCUGGUUCAGCGGCCGGACCGCUUCGCUUCCACCUUUCCGUUAGGCUCUCUCCAGCUUUAGCGCUUUCAUUUAGCCCAGCGGGAUCGAAUCGCAGCAGCGCGGCGUCUAACGACCUGGAAGGGGAAUUCCACCCACUUUUCAGAAAUUUCCCACAGUCGAGCCGUUAAGGUGUAAACUCAGUCACUCAGAUGUGAACCUGUGCAGUGAAACGCUUUAAAACGUGGUUCUUUAGUAAAAAGAAUGGUUUAUUUAGAACCGUGUGUUCUAGAUGGAACCACAUGCUUAGGCAGGUGAUCGUUUGCAGGGUGAAAGUCUUGAAAUGUGCAGCAUUGUUUAUGAGUUAAUAUCUAAAGACUCAUUUCACCGCACAGAGAACCGUUUAAGCAUGGAUUGUUCUAACCCAUGGUUCUAAACAGAACCAUUCCGUUCUCCAAAGAACCCUGGAAGAGUGUGGGAACUAGAGGCCACGGUGUUUACAUUGCAAGUUCAGCCUGUAAAGCCUCCAGCACGUUUCUGAGUUGUUCUGUGCUGCUGAUGGUAGAACAGUGGCACAUCUGAGAAAAUGAGCUUUCUUUGGAGACUAUUUUGCCUCCUAGCGCCCUGCAUGUACCCCUGUUAAAACGUUUUAGGUCAAAACCUUACAUCAGAGUGUAGUGUAGUGUAACAGGGGGUACAUGCAGGGCGUUUGGUAGAUUUAAGAGGCGUUGCAUUCUUCAGACGUCUGGUUCCUAUCACCAGCAUGGAAAACAAUUCUGACUUAGUAAGUUUCUCUUGUUUCCCUGCAGUGUUUCACAUCAGACCACUCGGUCUUCGUUUACGUCCUUGCCUUUGGAUUAUACAUCAUUUUGAAACGUCUGUGGAAUUCCUCUUUAAGUUCCCGUGCUGAUAACACUAAAUUUACUAAGACAUUUCUAAAAGGAAACUCAGUGCUUUGGCUUACUGACUUGAUGCUUCAUCACUCCUCCCCAAAGCUGGUUUUUGGAAGCUGCUUUGAGCCCCGUCGUUAUUUCGUUGAAAUGACGAGACUUCGCAUUGAGGAUGGUUUCAUACGACUGUCCCCACCUCUGGUGACCAGUCUGUGUAACAUUUGCUGACCUACAGGGCCUUCAGGAAAAUGCUUAACAGGACUAACAUUAGUUUGGUGCAGUGCUGGGCAAAGGCCGUCUGGGUGAAGUUUAACAGAAGCUUAAAAACAGCAGAAAGAAAGUUGUGUAAUUAACCACUGCAUUUGAUAAAGACCGGCAUGCUGACUGAUUAACACCAAGUGGGUAGAGAAGCUUGUGAAUCCCUGAAAACUGCAAUACAGACCAGCAAAAUGAGCGAUCUGACAUUGAUGAGAAGCAGAACUUGCCCCAGAUGAUACUCUCGACAGUUCUAGACUACAGUGGGGCUGUGUGUGUGCGUGUGCGUCUACGCGUGGAGCCGCUGUUAGCCAAUACAAGCCUACAGAUUGAGUCCACUGAAUUGGAUGCUAGGAAUUCCCAUGCUAUCUUGGUCUGGAGGAGUCAUGAAAACAGCACUGUUCGGUGGAGACGGUUGCCUAAAGGCCACAAUAGGAGAGUUAAAGUUGACCCAUGCUGUUUCACGAAUAACGAACAUCUGGAUCUGCGAAAAACACUUGUGUGGGAGAUGCAGUUUGACUGUUUUAAGGCUCAGGUUGAUCGUGCAGUUCGUGUGUCUGUGCAUGACGUCAACCGUACUCUCUCCGAGGCCUUCUACGCUCCUACAGUACAUCACAGCUAUUUAAGAGAUGCAGUGCCCAGAUAUGAUGUAAGAGAGGAUACCUCGGCGAAACUUUUCACGGUUAACAUGGAUGCAGGCCAAGAACUGUUCGCCAGGCUGUGCUAUAAAAACUUAGCACCAGAGUGCAAAGGCAACACAUCAUCAAGGAUUAAUACAGAUCUUGAUCCGGUAGUCACUUUCAGCAUCCCUCACCUGGUACCCUGUAUCUGUGUGCAGCUAUAUUACACUGGAGUUGAUGCCAGGAGAGACACAACCUGUCCAUUUAAAGACAAAAGACUUCCAGGAGGUGGAGAUAUCUUGUCCAGCAGCUCUCUGAAGCUCUAUGGUAGCUCUGUUCUUGAAUGGAAGCCUCUAUGUCCCUCUGACCCAUCAACACCUGCAGUGUCUCUGUGCUGGCAACAUCAUAAAAACCACUCACAGUGCUUUCCUGUCCAAAACUCCACACUGCAUGACAGAGACUGGAAAUACAACGUGACUGCAGUGGACAAGCAUGCUCACAUGUGUGUGAAGUUUUCUCUGAAUGACAGCCAGCGUGUGUUUUGCCCCUUCAGCUCAGGUGUUUUCUCUGAAUGGGAUGUGACUGUGGUCACUGGAUCUCAACGUCUGCAUGUGCGACUGUCCUCCAGUAUCACAGCAUCCUUCUCUGCCCAACUGUGUGUAGAGGAGGAGGGAGAGUAUGUGGCAAAAGGAAAUGUUCACUCAGUUCACAUGGAAGAAGGCACUGAAGAGGUGGAGCUGAGCCUUCCCCUUAACUUUUUCAUCCCAGCAUUGUGUGUGCAGGUGUGGCGCUCUGAGCCGUUUCUGCAUGGAAAGAGAAUCAUUUGCCCUGACUAUACUCACAGGAGAUGGGGUCUUGUUAUUGCCUUUUCACUGGCCUUCCUGAUUACUCUAACAGCUGUGGGGUUCCUCACCUACAUUUUCAUCAAAAAGAAGACAUCAGUGUGGCGCUGUGCAGAGAGAAAGCCUGUGUUGCUGGUGUCCUCCUCAGAUGAUGCGGUCCAUGUGGCAGCCGUCUGCGCUCUGGCCUCCGGACUACAGGAGGAGCUGCAUACGGACGUGCGCUUGGCGCAGUGGGCACACUGCAGCACGCAUGCAUCCCUGGCCCAGCUUGGACCCGCACCCUGGCUCUAUGGUCAGUGCCAGGAGGUGCAGCAGGCAGGAGGUGUGGUGCUACUGGCCUGGAGCCUGGAAGCCCAGCAGGCAUUUCUCCAAUGGAGGGAGAGUGGAGGAAAGAAGGAGAGGGAAAACAGUUGGUGGAGGGGAAAAAUAAGUGAUGAAGAGAAGGAUACAGUAUGGAGCAAUGAACAACAUAAAGAUAAGCAGAAGGAAGGAUGGAUGGAGAGAGCAUCGUCUGUCACAGACCCAGUGUUUAAUGCCACCCUCUCAAGUCUGUGGUCGGGGCUACACAGUGAACGCUGUGGCCAAGGAUUUGGAUUGGUUUGCUUCCAGGACCUUGGUGGCAGCCGCCAUAUUCCAAAGGAGCUAAGGGGAGUCCGGCGAUACUGCCUGCCCCGGGACCUCUCCAGCCUGAUACACGAAUUGGACCUGAAGGAAAGCAGCCCUGGAGGUGGGGAUAAAAAAGCGUCCAGAGGCUGGUGCUGUUGGCCCCGCUUUUUCUCCAAAGCCCUGUCUUUCUGGCUGUCACACAGACUUGCUCAGAGACUGGAGGCAUGGCUACCUCAGAAAAAACAAGACAGAGAAAAGUCCAAGCUUAUUUUGAAGCUGUCACAUAAACCUCAUGGUAAACUUAAGAAGAAGAAGAAGAAGUUGAAAAAGAAAGGAGAGAAGAAGAGAAAGGGACCCGUCACUGUGCACUCGUAAAAAGAAAAGCAUGGUGACUGAAAAAGAGCCAGGAUCAAUUCUGCAUUCAUGGAAAAGUGAUGGUCAUGAAAGUAAAUGAAACUGUUUCAGAUUCAUAAUGCAGCAGCCAAGUAAUUACCAUAAACAUAGUGUUAUUAUGCGUUUUUAUUCUUCCUUUUUGUAUACCUCUACCUGUGGCCUGAAACAUUCGCAAAGAUUUCGCAAAAAAAAAAAAAGGUUCUGCACUUUUGCACUUAGAUCCAGAUAAAAGCAUCUGCCAAAGGC